AUGGCUGUGCCGCGUCCAUUCACCAGCUCACGACUGGCCCCAGCAGCGCCUCGGGAUGUGACUGCUAACUUCUUCCGCUUCGGCAAGAACGGCUUCAAAGCAGAGGACGCAGGCAUCGUGGGCAGUCAAGGUCGCGACGAUUACACUUACGAUGACGUGGAGCAAUAUUUCAACUACAUGGGUUUCUUGGCCACGGAGGGCACCUAUGACCGCAUGGAGGCCAUGCUCAAAUCGGGCCUGCACUGCAUCGACAUCAUUCUCCUGCUGGCCUGCAGUGAGAACGACACCCCGAAGGUGCAGGAGAUCCUCAAGGCCGGUGCUGACCCAACCGUCCGCGGUCUCGAUGGUAAGACUCCGCUGGAGCUAGCGACGAAGCCUGAGCUGGUCAACUUGCUUAAAGGAGCCUUGGCAACGAAGAAGGGCGUCGCUGUCUAAUGGUAUCGCGGGAGGUCGCAUGUAGGCCGCAGUAUACGUGGGAUCUGUCGGGGAUUUGGGUUUGGCGUGGGGGACGAAGCGCACCGUGGCAGACUAGUAAGCUAUUUUCUCAUGUGCUGGCAUGCACCAUCGACUUUGAAUUAACCUCGGGGCUUAAGAAUAGACAUUAAGCAGGGUACAACAACCGGAGACAGGUUCAGGGAUGCACGAGACACCGUGCACUGAUACGCGCGGGUCCGGAGGGCCGUGGGUUUGGGGGCCCCAAGGAUAGAUGUGGGGGACGCAAUCACAAUCCUUUGACGGUACGGUGGGGUAUGGACUCGUUGUUUUUUGCCAUCGAGCGAAGUGCCUGCGUCCACGGGGCCUUGCCAUUUUUGCUUUUCGGACCGCACGCGUGAGUGACUGCUAAGCCUGCGUACCUGCGGGCGCUAACCAACAGUAUCGCAAAAAGCGUGUACGUGUUCGUGGUAUGGGUUUUGAACUGUGGCCGGUGAUAUCCGUGGUAUCAGGAUAUCUUACCAGCCGAUGCUUAUGUGGCGAUGGCAGUGUGGUCUAGCAUAGUAUUUCAUUUUGUUGAUGUGAGGACAAGGAUUCGACUGGAUCACUGAAGCGGCCUGGUCGCGCAGGGCGUCGUGUCGAAGAUGCGACUUAAAAAAGGGCGAUCAGCCCGCUGGCUGAUUGUAAGCCAAGAAAGUG